AUGCCAUCAAAAGAGGCAGUGCCGCGCAGGCGAUCAGUACGCCCAGGAAGCUCUCCCAUUGAUAUUUCACCCGAUCCACCAAGCAAGCGCGAGACGACCAAGAAAAGGGUUGCCGAUGAGCUAUCACUUAUUGUAAGCGAGGAUGACGACAUUCCGGACAUCUACGACUUCCCUGCCUUUGUCCAAAACUACAAAAAGGUCAAAUCCGACUACGAGCUGGAAGUGGCCAAGACUGCAAAGCUACAUUACGACAAUGCGGAACUACAGUCCCAAAUUGCGCAGAUAAAGGCCGGUGGUAACCCCAUUCAACAGACCAACGAUUCCGACUACGACGAGCUACAGCGUCACUGCACCUACCUAGAAGCUCAGAUUGCAGAUACAGAGGUGGAAUCACAAGCUGCUACUGAGCUCGCUAGGAGUAAACAGAAGGAGCACGACGAGUUGAAGAAGAAACUGGAGGAUGUGAUAGAUUGCAACAAGAAGUUGGUACAACGAGAUCUUGCUUGGUCCAAUGAAUGCAAAAGAGUCUCUCAUUUUGCUCAUUUUUGGGAGGGAGAGGCCAAGAUGGUAGCACAGCGUUUCGAGAACUACAAAAAUCGUGUCAAGGCUCUAGGCGAAGAACGCCAGUCAUGGCUCAAUGGCACUAUGUACACGGGAACCUUGGAAUCUAAUUAA